GAGAGUCAGAAUGAGGGAACCACUACCCCCUUCUGUUAAGGUGCAACCUGGGAGACCAAAGAGCAAAAAAAGGAAGCUUGAGCCAGGAGAAUGUUCUUCUUCAGGUGGUCAGGCAAGUACCAAGAGGAAGAAGCAAUGCAGCAACUGUGGGGGAUAUAGGCAUUAUGCCAAGACUUGCAAAGUACCUGCUGCACCAGCUACAGAGCUGAUAAAGUCAGCAGGCAGACCCCCACUGAACACUCCUUGGAUGGUGGAGGAGAGGAAGAAGAAAGAGAUUAGGGCUGCUAAAAAGAGUGCAAUUGGGGCUGGACCAAACAGCAUAGGAAACAAAAAGUUUCCUCAAGAGCAAGAAGGUUGUCUGCCAUUCAGCAAGCGCCCACAGCCACAGUCUUCCUCAGCUAAGCAUUCCUCAGCUCAGCCAUCCUCUAGUCAGCCAUCCUCAGCUCAGCCUUCCUCAAGUCAGCCUGCCUCAAGCCAACCAAAAAGAAAGACAAGGUCUUCCUCAAGUCAGCCUACAACAGCCACAGGUGUUGUAACAAGGGCCAGGCUGCAAUCCCUCAACAACCUUACUCAGUGAUGUACUCAUGCUGGAUAUCAAACAUUAUGUCUGUUGAACAAUUUCAAACUUUUAUUAUGUACUCAUGACUGGUUAUGUAACUUGCUAGUUUUUUAGUGGCUUCCCUUAACAAAUUUGAACAAUUAGAUAUUGAAUUGUAAUGGUUGCAUGGCUUUGAUUGCCAUUGAAACAUGUUGAAGUAA